AUGGCCACUGCCAUUUACACGAAUCAGCCUGGUGCUCAUUACGGAUAUCCGCAACCGCCUCCAUCGCCCCCAAUGGACGAGACCUCGAAAUGCUCCCUACCCUCGAUCUCCAACUUGCUAGGAUUGGCGGAUGCUGGAUCACCGACAACAGAGCACUCGCCUCAGUCUCAAGCCUCGUCCACCAAGGCAGACACUCGACCAAAUUCUUCUCACUAUGCGGGCCGGACCAACAUGCCUCCCACCCCGCCCAUGAGUACUGAAGCAUCCUUCGAGGGAUACAGCUCGCCUUCGACAAAAUCAGUAAGCCAAGUGUCUGUCGUAUCGGCACCCAACUACUACUACGAAACGACACCGCCCGUGGAGGAUGUCCAUCGCCACCAAAUGGCUGCGGCUGCCGCUCCUCGGAUGCCCAUGCACGUCCAAUCAUACCCUCAGCAAGCUUUCGCCUCGUCGUACAUGAACCAACCAGCAAUGGGAUCUUACUACCCUCCUCCAAUGUCUGCCGCUCCUUCAGCGCAGUCUCAGAUCUCUGGACUUUACUACCAGAGACCGCUGCCCCAGGCAUUCCCUCCUCUUCCCGUCACCGUCUCAUUAGCACCUUCGUUGGGGGCUAGCCCAUGGCAACACCACCACUACAUAUCACCUUCAUCGGCAGCUUCUUUCCCUCAAUCACAAGACCGCUACAUCUGCCAAACCUGCAACAAGGCCUUCUCGAGGCCCAGCUCUCUGCGCAUCCACAGCCACUCUCAUACAGGCGAAAAGCCGUUCAAGUGCCCCCACGCUGGCUGUGGCAAGGCGUUCAGCGUCCGAAGUAACAUGAAGCGACACGAGCGUGGAUGCCACAACUUCGACAGCGCGAGCUCCUCAUUACACUAG